AAAAAAAAAACAUAACCCACUAAAAAGCGACAACUAGAAGGAGAACAGAGCUUUUAAAACUGGCUUACGGAGACAGAGACAGGUUUUCGGGUCGAACCGUACAGAUUUACCGCCUUUCCUCGGAUGUUCGCGUCGCUGGUUGUGCUAAGCUAACGUGUUAGCGCCGCUGGUUGGAAACCGAAAACGGACAGACGGAGCUCCAGUAGCCGCCACCGACACAACAUGUCUCCGUUACCGACUUCACUUCGCUGUUCGUCCUCAAACCUCCUGUGUGUGUGCAGCAGCAAACUUUCCACCAGAGAGAAAUCCACGCGUCAUUGUGAGAGAAGAGCCCGAGCGACGGACGGGAUCCUCUGGAUCAGCUCCGGUACCGACUUGUGGAACGCCCAGACCCCGGUGUUCGGCUGAGACCAGGCCGUGUACGGACCCCGGUAUUCGGCUGAGACCAGGCCGUGUGCGGGCCCCUGUGUACGACUGAGACCAAGCCGUGUUCGGAGCCGUUAUCUCGGUCUGGACCCGCCGUGACAGCUGUCAGCUAACUUUACGAACGGAAACUCAGUUAUUGGCAAAAGUAAAAAGUUAAUGUCGAAUAAUAAUAAUAAUAAUAACUUCGUAUUUUUGAACAGGACAGAAUGUUUCGGAACAUGACUGAAGAGGGACAUUUAUCCGGCGGGCCCAGCCCCUCCCAUUCGGCCGGACUUGGAGUGGCCUCCCACGGUUACGUGAGUCACGAAAGCUCGUGGAUCAGCCUGCUCUCGGUUCUGUCCAGGCCUGCGCUGUCUUUUCUCCAAAAAUAUUUACCGGGCCGCAGCCUCUGGUUCAGCAGAGACGAGAAAAUGAACUUUGUCAGCGAACAGAGUACUUUUUUAAACCCGCUGUACGACGCUGGAUCUGCCGCUGAUGCCAGGCAGCUGCGGUGUGACAGUGACGGCGCCACCUGUCGGCUCGCGGAGGUCGGCGGCGCCGGUUUACUGUGGGAACCGGGCCUGGAACAGAGCCACGUAACCCUCAACCAACAAACUCAGACAGAGUAUUUGACCACCGCCAGGACUCUUCUGGGUCAGAUUUUGUUGAGUUCAGUGUCAGGAGAGAGAAGCUUGAGGACAGCGGACAGGAGACAAAGGAGGAACUGGUGGGACCGUUUUUGGAGCUCAGAGGACUGUUCUCAGUCAUCAGAGCUGCUUUUUCCACAACCACUGUAUGAGACAAAAAGCCCCGUCAGUGUGUUUGUCUAUAACAGUGGCGGGGCCUCGACACUGGGAGAACACGCUGGACUCUGUGACCACAAAGACAAACCUGGUAACAAAGGCCACCUCCAAUCAGAGCAGCUCCCGAACACCAGGAACCACCUGAGGACGUCUGGAGCCGUCACCCCCUGCAGUGAGGUGACAAUCACCACGUCUGACCAGGACAAUGGUUACUCCAGUCUGGAGGAGGAACAUCUUCACGUCUUCCAAAUGUACACGGUGAUGGCUCAGAGUGAAGCCGUGCCGCCGACAGCACGGAGCUCCGCCAUGCAGGUGGGAACUGAUGGGCAGGACGAGUCCACAACAGAGAAGGAAGAGGCAGCAGAUGGACCAGAAGAGUUCGAUAGCAGGGCUUCAAAUGAUGAGGGAGAGCAUGAAGUGGUCACUCAGAGUCCCUCAGCAGCAGCGGAGUUAACCACCCUCCAGUGUAGCAAUAAAGUAAUUGCAUACAUCAUGGGCUGCCCCUGCAGUGACGACGACAACCAGUCAGAGUCCAGCAGUGAUGAUGAUGACGACGAUGAUGAUGAUGGCUUUGACAGUGAAUGUUCAUCAGAGCUGUCUGACUUGUCAGAUGAUGAUGACGAUGAUGAAGCCUCAGACUCUGACAGUGAGACUGAUGUGGAUUUGGCGCACAUGUGGACCUUGUACCAAAGCCACGACCCAUAUAACCCCCAAAACUUCACUGCUUGUAUCCGCACCUGCACCACCACUCUGCCAAAGUCAGCCCCUACCACAACAUCCUCUGUUCAAUCCACGCCCACUUCCGACCUUGAUGAAGUGGGCCUGUCCCUGGCCUGUUCCUCUUCACUUCCAGAGUAUCCGUCCCUUUCUUCUUCGACCCCAGAGAGCCACGAUGUCUGGGACGACUCUGCAUCAGCCAGCGACACAGAUGAAGCAGAAAACUUGCGCAUCUGGAGCUCAUUCAGCUGCACAUCAGAUCCGUACAGUCCUCUCAACUUCCAGGCCUCCGUCAGGACUCGAGAGUCUGCCAAAGUGGAUGAGAAGACCUUUGAAACGCCACCACACACGCACUACUGUAACGCAACAUUACUUGCACAGUACAAGAAGGAGGCAGAUGACCGCAUGGACAGUGGUUUCUGUGAAACACAGUCAUCCACAGGGGGCGCUGUUGUUACAAAAAAGGUGCGUUUCUGUGAGGAGGUCGAGGAGUUCUUCGCCAGCUGCGGUGAGGAGGAGGAGGACCGGCGGGGCCCCUGGGAGCAGCUAGCUCGAGAUCGGUGUCGCUUCCUGCGGCGCUGUCAGGAAGUAGAACAGAGCAUCGCUUUCUGCCUGCAGCCACAACACCGCCGCCAUGUUCUCCUGCGGCAGAGCGCCGCGCUCGCUCAGGAUUCUCUAGGACGCCGCACGCUGGCGAGCAUGGCUCUGAGCGAAGACGCUGAGACAGAUGCAGGGUUUUCUGCCAGAUAAGUUCAUGUUCCUUCAGGAUGAGCACUGUGGCAAAAUAAGGGGACAAAAUGUGUUGCCAUGGCAACACAAAUACCACCAGGGUGUUUUAGUUGCAGCACUGCAGGCAGUCAGCGUCUGUGGUGUGAACGUUCAGUGUUCCUCAGAGUCCGCGUGUCUUAUUUUUCUAUUGCUGAUGAAAGGUGAUUGGAAAGAAAGAAUAAACAGAAGCAGAGUGAAAUGUCACUGAAUGUUAAUGUCUCACUUUUACAGUGAAAAGUAUUUAAUGUGUUUUUAUUGUUAAAUCGUAAGUAAUUAGACUUUAUUCACAAUUUUAUCAUUUGUGCUUUUUGCUCUAAAAGUGCCAGAAUAGAUGCUGACAGUGUCGGACUCAUCAUCAACGUGAGACUAUUUCAGAGUAACUGAAGCUGUAGUGUGCUUAAAUUGAUCGGUGCUGAUAAUCGUUAAAGUGGUGAUUAAUAAAGAUAAACAUCCUGACCGCUUGGUAAAGGCCGAGCUCGGACACUGUACAGAGGAGACUGGGUGUUUUUGACCUUUGACCUCUGUGCAGUAUCGGCAUUGAUUUUUCAGUGAGGCGAGUGGUUGAAGUGGGUGUGGCUAGAAGAAAAGUAUGAAAAUGGAAAUUGGGACUUUAAUGAAACCAUUUCAGUGUCUGGCCUCGCUGUGGCACGUUGGAACUUUAAUCUUCUCUGAUGUGGACCUGUUUUUCUGUGGUGGAGCCACAAAGUGUCGGUUCAGGUUUGGGACCUCAAACCUGCUCAUGGACUCACAGAUCCUGAUCCAGCAGGAGAACCAGUGCUGGAGCUGCUGCUUCUGCACGAGUGGACUGAUUGCUGAUGAAGUAUCCAGAUCGAACUGCUUUUAUGUGACUGCUAAUCAAUAAUGAGUAUUGAUAGUGAAAGCCUUCAAUAAAUUAAACGUGUUGA